CUCCGCUACCAAUUUGCCUCGCCGACUGUGUGCACCGCUGCCCUCCAAGCACCAAGUCUAGGUUCAUUCAGGAUCCAAAGUCCGUUUUCUCAUCCCAUUUCCUGAGAGGGACGUCUGAGACCCCGGAAGGAGAAACGGACUUUUUUGAGGAGAAGCGCGGAUGCAGACUAUUAAAGGUCGUCGCUCUGAACUGCUGAUUUUCGCGCGCUUUGGCGCGGGUGGUUGUGGGUAGCGCGCCCAGGAGUGAGAAAGGAGCUGGGGGUUAUGAUAGUGCCGCCCGCAGGGCCUGAGGGAAUGUUCGAGGACGAGCCUCAGCCUGAGGGGGCCGCGGAGGUCGCCGCCGCAGGGGAGGCGCUGCAGGCUCUGUGUCAGGAGCUGAACCUGGACGAGGGGAGCGCGGCCGAAGCCCUAGACGACUUCACCACCAUCCGGGGCAACUACAGCCUAGAGGGAGAAGUUCUACACUGGUUGGCAUGUUCAUUAUAUGUUGCAUGCCGCAGAAGCAUUAUUCCUACAGUUGGAAAGGGUAUCAUGGAAGGAAAUUGUGUUUCACUUACCAGAAUACUGCGUUCAGCCAAAUUAAGUUUAAUACAAUUUUUCAGUAAAAUGAAGAAGUGGAUGGACAUGUCAAACCUGACACAAGAAUUCCGUGAACGUAUAGAAAGGCUAGAAAGAAAUUUUGAAGUGUCUACUGUAAUUUUCAAAAAAUUUGAGCCAAUUUUUUUAGAUAUAUUUCAGAAUCCAUAUGAAGAGCCACCAAAGUUACCACGGAGCAGGAAACAAAGGAGGAUUCCUUGCAGUGUUAAGGAUCUCUUUAAUUUCUGUUGGACACUCUUUGUUUAUACUAAGGGUAAUUUUCGUAUGAUUGGAGAUGAUUUAGUAAACUCUUAUCAUUUACUUCUGUGCUGCUUGGAUCUGAUUUUUGCCAAUGCCAUUAUAUGCCCACAUAGACGAGACUUGCUAAAUCCAUCAUUUAAAGGUUUACCAUCUGAUUUCCAUACUACUGCCUUUAGGGCUUCCGAAGAGCCUCCCUGCAUCAUUGCUGUGCUGUGUGAACUGCAUGACGGACUUCUAGUAGAAGCAAAAGGAAUAAAGGAGCACUACUUUAAGCCAUAUAUUUCAAAACUCUUUGACAAAAAGAUUUUAAAAGGGGAAUGCCUCCUGGAUCUUUCCAGUUUUACUGAUAAUAGCAAAGCAGUGAACAAGGAGUAUGAAGAAUAUGUUUUAACUGUUGGUGAUUUUGAUGAAAGGAUCUUUUUGGGAGCAGAUGCAGAAGAGGAAAUUGGAACUCCUCGAAAGUUCACUGGUGAUGCCCCAUUAGGGAAAUGGACAGCACAGGCUAAUGUGGAGUACAACCUUCAACAACACUUUGAAAAAAAAACAUCAUUUGCACCUUCUACUCCACUGACAGGACGGCGAUAUUUACAAGAAAAAGAAGCAGUCAUUACUCCUGUUGCUUCAGCCACUCAAAGUGUGAGCCGGUUACAGAGUAUUGUAGCUGGACUGAAAAAUGCACCAAGUGAACAACUAAUAAAUAUUUUUGAAUCUUGUAUGCGUAAUCCUAUGGAAAACAUUACAAAAAUAGUGAAAGUAGUAGGAGAGACUUUCUGCCAACACUAUACUCAAUCAACAGAAGAACAGCCAGGAUCACACAUAGACUUUGCUGUAAACAGACUAAAGCUUGCAGAAAUUUUGUAUUAUAAAAUAUUAGAGACUGUAAUGGUUCAGGAAACUCGAAGACUUCAUGGAAUGGACAUGUCAGUUCUUUUAGAGCAGGAUAUAUUUCAUCGCUCCCUGAUGGCCUGUUGUUUGGAAAUUGUGCUCUUUGCCUAUAGUUCACCUCGUACUUUUCCCUGGAUUAUUGAUAUUCUCAAUUUGCGACCGUUUUAUUUUUAUAAGGUUAUCGAGGUGGUGAUCCGCUCAGAGGAGGGACUUUCCAGGGACAUGGUGAAACAUCUGAAUAGCAUUGAAGAACAGAUUUUGGAGAGUUUAGCAUGGAGUCAUGAUUCUGCACUAUGGGAGGCUCUCCAGGCCUCUGCAAAUAAAGUUCCUACCUGUGAAGAAGUUAUAUUCCCGAAUAACUUUGAAACAGGAAAUGGAGGAAAUGUACAGGGACAUCUGCCCAUGAUGCCAAUGUCUCCUCUAAUGCACCCAAGGGUGAAAGAAGUUCGGACUGACAGUGGGAGUCUUCGAAGAGAUAUGCAACCAUUGUCUCCAAUUUCUGUCCAUGAACGCUACAGUUCUCCUACCGCAGGGAGUGCUAAAAGAAGACUUUUUGGGGAAGACCCCCCAAAAGAAAUGCUUAUGGACAGGAUCAUAACAGAAGGAACAAAAUUGAAAAUUGCUCCUUCUUCAAGCAUUACUGCUGAAAAUACAUCAAUUUCACCUGGGCAGAGUCUUCUGACAAUGGCUACAGCCAUAGUAACAGAGACAACAGGACAUAAAGUUACGAUCCCAUUGCAUGGUGUUGCAAAUGAUGCUGGAGAGAUCACGCUGAUACCAGUUUCCAUGAACACAACUCAGGAGGCCAAAGUCAAGAGUCCUGUAUCACUUAAUGCUCAGUCAUUAAUUGGUGCUUCUCCAAAACAGACCCAUCUAACUAAAGUACAAGAGGUACAUCCAACUGGAAUAAGCAAACCAAAGAGAACUGGAUCCUUAGCACUGUUUUAUAGAAAGGUCUAUCAUUUGGCAAGUGUACGCUUACGUGAUUUAUGUUUAAAACUGGAUGUUUCAAAUGAGUUACGAAGGAAAAUAUGGACAUGUUUUGAAUUCACUUUAGUUCACUGCCCUGAUCUAAUGAAAAACAGACAUUUGGAUCAGCUUCUCCUUUGUGCCUUUUACAUCAUGGCCAAGGUAACAAAAGAAGAAAGAACUUUUCAAGAAAUAAUGAAAAGUUACAGGAACCAGCCGCAAGCUAAUAGUCAUGUCUAUAGAAGUGUACUGUUAAAAAGUAUUCCAAGAGAAGCUCUGGCAUACAAUAAAAACAUAAAUGGUGAUUUUGAAAUGACAGAUUGUGACUUGGAAGAUGUUACCAAAACACCUGACUGUUCCAGUGGCCCAGUGAAAGAGGAAAGAGGUGAUCUUAUCAAAUUUUACAAUACAAUAUAUGUAGGAAGAGUGAAGUCAUUUGCACUGAAAUAUGACUUAUCAAAUCAGGACCACAUGAUGGAAGCUCCACCACUUUCUCCUUUUCCACAUAUUAAGCAACAGCCAGGCUCACCACGCCGCAUUUCCCAGCAGCACUCUAUUUAUGUUUCCCCACACAAGAAUGGGGCAGGACUUACACCACGAAGUGCUCUGCUAUAUAAGUUCAACGGCAGCCCUUCCAAGAGUUUAAAAGAUAUCAACAACAUGAUAAGGCAAGGUGAACAGAGAACCAAGAAGCGAGCAAUAGCCAUCGAUGGUGAUGCAGAAUCACCUGCCAAACGCCUCUGUCAAGAAAAUGACGAUGUUUUACUUAAACGACUACAGGAUGUUGUCAGUGAAAGAGCAAAUCAUUAGUGUCCUUCCUGUUUCUACGAUAAAAGCACUUUCUGUUUGUUUUGCAGAAACCUGGGGGUCUGUCCUUCAAAACUUUCAGCCCUAUAAAGGAUAUUAUCACUGAGUGUUAAGAAAAAUUGCACCAAAAUUAUGUGCUUUUUUUCCCCCACAUUUAUCCAAAAUGUAGUUGACAGAGAUAUGUUUUGAGUUGGAUUGGAAAGGAAUGUUUUAAGUAACUUUUAAACACUUUAAUAGUCAUAGCAUUUUUUUAAUGUUUGUUCCUUGGGUUAGUUUUUAAGAUGAAGUAAGGCGAAACCUCAUAAUUUUUUAGCUCACUUUGUAAAAUAGUGCACUGUCUCCAGUGCUUUGUAAUAGAGGGUUAAUAAUCUAUUUUUAGUAAGUGUGCUUUGAUAUAUUUGCUUCCUUAAUUUAAUAUUGAGUAGGGGUUGGUUCCCUUAGCACCUGGGCUAGAAGAUGAUGUGCCAGCCUGUCUCUGCCCCACCAUGGCAACUCCACAUCCAGUGCCACUCUACCAUUCUGGGUUGCCCAGACCCUGUCUUGUGCCCUUCCUCUGGUUGACCAUAAGAAAAUUAGUUCCUGAGCCCAUGCACUACCCAACCCCAUUUCUUUCCCUCCAGCCUUAAGCACUCAGCCUGGUGUCACAAUCUGUUAAAAAGAAUACUUGCUCCUUUUUAAAAUUACCAUCAAUUUAUUUUCUGAACCAUUAAUUUAAUUAUCCAUGAUUGAGUCUGUUUGUCAUGUGAGUCUCAAAAUAGAAAGCUGCUUCUCAAGCCAGUAAAAUAAAAUACAGGUAAGAGUUGUAAGAAACUGAAUUUUCUAUUAGUGAUAUAACACCAUAAUAAUGUGAGAGAUACUAUUUAUGAGGUCAUAAGAUUAGUCAUUCUAAUCAUCUAAUUGAUUUCCCAAGAAUAACUGAUUUCAAAACCACAGUAACAUCACCUCAUGGUUUAUAUGCCAGUGAAACAGCUGCUUAUUACUUCCCCCUCUUUUCUUCUCAUUUGUACAUUUUGAGUGUACUGUUAGCAUUUAACCACUGGGGCCCCUUAAGGAUGUUUUCCAAUACUAGGGGUGCAACUUUCCAAAGAAUCAGUUGUUCAAUAUUCACAUUUUCUAAUGUGUUUCUAGAACCUGGAAGGAUAUGGAUAAGCCAUUCUUAAUUUUGAAAAAAAUACUAUCAAAUGUUUUUUUUCAACUGUAAACCUUAUUUAAAUGCAGUGUUUAACUUAAUCCAUGUCUAACCCUGGUUAAUUUUAAUCAGUAUAAUUGGCUAUAAACUAGUAACUACUAUUGUCAGGAAUUUAAUUUAAAAUUUUAAGAAAAGUGAUGUUGGUCACAUUUUACUUUUCUGAAAAUUAUGUCCUCAUUUUUUGUGUAGUAUCUACACGUUAUAAACCAAAUAACAUAAAGUCUGUCUUGAAUCCUUGUAUAUAUAUUUUAUGUAACUAUUGUGUCAUUGUCAUCUUCAUUAUUAAUGUGUAAAAUAUAAAUAAGUAUUUUGUACAUUGACUAUAUAAGAAACUGGACAUGUUUUUAAUCAGUUUUCAAGACAGUAUCAAUGUACAUAAAAUGGUUAAUAAAACAUUGAGAGUUUUUAAGAUCAUUGAAAAAACUAGUGCUCUUUUCUGUGUGACUAGAAACAAUUGUGCAGCCAUCUAAAGUCUGUAUCUCUUAAAAAUCUGCUUUAUAUCUUUUAAACACCUUAGUGUAACGUAGAAGUUAAUGUUCCUGGUGGUUUCCAGGAGGUAGGAAGAGAAUGGGGAGGGACUGACUGAUGAACAGUUUUCUUUCAGGGUGGUAGAAAUAUUUUGGAACUUAAUACAGGUGGAGGUUGUAUAACAUUGUGAAUUUACUAAAUGACACUUUUAAAGUGGUUUUCACCUCAGUUAAAAAAUAUGCCUUAGACAUAUAUAGUGAAACAAGAUUAUUUCAAGCCCUUGGAAUGAAUAUGUGGACCACAUUAUGAUACUGACUUAAGGAAAAUGCAUGUUUCUCUCUUAGGAGUGCUUUCAGGUGUACUUAUCCAAAUGAAGCUCACAGGUCAAAAGUUUUUUUCUAAUUAAGAUUUGCAUAAGGUUAGAUUAUAUUAAAUCCGAUUUUUUUUUUAAGAAGGUACUAUUCUUGCUUGUUUUGAUUUUGUUCCUCUACAGUACUUUAAAUCAGCAAGCAUAUUGGCUGCCUACUGUAUGCCUGCUGCUUUGCUAGGUCCUAAGAAUAUAAAGAUAAACUAGGCAUGGUUCCUGUCAAAAUACAGUAUCUGUAGCCCAUUAAUAUAUGUAUGUGGAUAAAGUGAAGAUUCCUAUGGCCAGGAUUCUCACCUGGCCCUGGUUGGCUAGCUCACUGCACACGUGUGGGCAAUACGUUGUUAUUAACUCUAUAUAAAGAGCUCUGCCCAGUGUUCUGGGCGACACAGUGGUAUGGCUGCGAGGCUGCAGCAGAGCAGAGACAAGUUUGGAGUGGUAGCAGCACCGAGGACAGAGACUGAGACAGCAGCGCGGGUAGAGAGGCCCAGAGGCAGAGACCGGCUUGCUGCCUGCAGACUUGCUCUGAGUGGAUGGGAUUCUAGUGAUUGACCUGCCACCCUGGAGAUAAAGUUGGGUAUAACCCUUUCACCCCAAGACUGUUCUACUGUCAUUUCUUUGGUCAC